CUGAAGCAAAAUGCAAGUUUUUCAGCAUGUGUGGAAGUAUUCUGUUUAUACCGAGGAAUAACAAAACUGAAGUUCAUUGUCAAGGAGUGAUGGAUGUGUACUCGACGUGUGACUCAGAGAUCCGUCUUUCAGAGCAUUAGCAGUCACACAGGGCAGGAUGAUCUACCUGGCUAACACAGCUCACUGGCAGUUCCUGGGCCUGGUGGCAGGGUUUCUGGCAUGGAUCCUUAUCAUGACCACAAACGGCAUGAACGAGUGGCGUCUUUGGUAUGUGACUGACAAGUCAGUUGUCACCUCAGGUGUGGCCUGGGUGGGUAUCUGGAGGGUGUGUUUCUACAGCCACACCCUUCCCAAAUUUGAGAACUGUCAAUGGAUCAGCAUCUCGGACACCUUUGUUCCAGCAGAGAUCUCUGUGGCUCAGGUGCUGAUGCUGCUGGCGGUGAUCUGCGGCCUAGCGGGGAACAUCAGUGCUGCAUUGGCCAUGAGGAUGGCCUACUUCUCUGUGGAGGAUCGCAGCAAUAUCCGGCUGGCCUUCGUGCUGGCAGGGACCCUGUAUGUGUUCACAGCUGUGUUAUGCUUGGUGCCACUGGGUUGGAACAUGAGUUCUGUGCUGAACAACAGCACCAUAGACUUUCCUCCAGAGUUCUACCUUCCAGAAGCUCCCGCCAGUCAGCAGGUGGGCACAGCCAUCGGAAUGGGCAUGGUUGCCUCCAUCAUGAUGCUCAUCUGCGGGCUGGUUUUCCUCUGCUACCAGUACGUCUGGCAGACCCUGAGCUCAGAGGCCCCCAGACACACUAGGGACCCACUCCACGGUACCUGGACAGAGUUUCCAAAUGGAAACCAGGGCAUCGAUAAUCCUACCUUUCAAACUGAGGAAGUGUCAUGAUGGCAAAACAGAACUUCUCGAACAAUUAAGGGACUUUUCAUAAUUUCCAUCUUCAGGAAAGUGACUUCA